AUGAAUGUUAAUCAGAUAACAACAUUAAUAACUGAAAUUUAUUAUAUAUUAUUCAUCAUCAUUCCUUUAUUAAUACUAUUCAUUUCAUAUAUUAAAUUAUUAAAUUUAAUUAAUAAUUUAAAGCAAAUACAGUUAAAAGUAUAUUUUUAUACAACACCAUUUCUUAUUAUAAAUAUGUUAUUCCAUUUAACUACUUUAUUCCAUCAAUUUUAUUUUGUGUUUAUGAUAUAUCAUCUUCUUUCUUUUUUUUUUUUUCAUUCUCUUUGUUUUCUUCAUGUACAUUUUAUAUAUUAUUUUCUUAUUACCUUCAUCCUUCUUCUAGUUUUAUUUAUUAUAAAUCAUUCUUAUUAUUUCUUUUAUUCCUUCUCAUCCCUUAUUUCUAAUCUUAUUCAUUCUUCUAUUAUUCUUAAUGAAUUCUAUUUCUCUGAUUCUUACAUUUCUCAACAAGACUUUUAUUAA